AUGAGCGUGAGCACCAGGACAAGUUUCACACAGUUAGGCAAUGGGGCGUACAGUGAGGCCCUCAUUCCUACCACCCGGCCGCGGCAUCAUCGCAUCCCCCGCUUGAUUCCCGUCUUGGAGGGUGGCUUGGAUGAGGGGCGUGGCGCCUUGGCGGAUUUGCCGCCCUUUGGCCCCCCGCCUGCCACUGCCGGCGUGCUCGAUGCUGCUCCCGUGAAGGAGGGACGGCGCGACCGUGCCAUGAAUGGCCCACAGCACACCGGCGAUGCCGAGUUUGUCGUUAAGUGGAAGGGACUGGCUGCGGAGCAGGUGGAGCGCAGUCUCAUGCCGCUGAGGCUGCACUAUAGACAACAGCUGCUCAUGCUUGAGGAGCGCAGGCUGCGUCGUGUUAUUUUAGCAGAGGAGUUUGCGCGGCGCAUGGAGGUUGGUAUUGACAAUCGCUAUAGGGCGCCUCUCCGCGAGAGGCUGCUAAGCUGGGACGCGCAGGACAAACUCUCGCGGCGUCUGCAGGCGGUGCGUGACCGGGGUCUCAAGUCUGCGCGUACGAUGUCCCUCUCCUCGGCACGUGCUCCGCGCAGUCUUUUCGACGAUCCCCCUCGCACACCCUCUCGCCCCACCACUCUGACUCACAGCCCCCCGUGGACGGGGCACUCCGCGAAAGUGAGCAACGUGCCAAGGCGCACGCUCGGAGUUGCGGUGCCAGUUUCUUAUCUCACGCUGGAGGAGCCGGCGCGGGGUGCGGGUGCCACGGAACAGCCUCUGUGA